UCAUAACUUCGCGGCGUCCUCUUCGCUCUUGACCUCCACCCCGCGACGUCGCCCUUUACCUACCACGCGACACUCAUGGCCGGCUUCGAAACCAUUCGAGGGGAUGGGCUCAUCAGGGCUCAUAGAGCUCUAGCAGGGCUCGAGGACGAUCCGCAGCUGCUUGAGCGCGCGAGAAGACGGUUCAGCGAUUCCCCACCGCCAUAUACAUCUAAUCACUCGCACGCAUCGACUGUCUUCGACACCCCCGAGCCCCCCAGCGACGAGCAGCAGCGCCGUGCGCAGCGACUAGGGCGACUAGUAAGGGAGCGCGAGGCUUCACAACCUUACCGACAAUUCAUGGCUCAGCGGAAGGAGGAAAUGACUCGCGCUUGGAAGGCAGAUCCACGUGUCAGUUCCCGGGGGAUUAUGCCUAUCGGGCUCUAUGAUCAAGAUGCGGAAAAGCUGGUCAGAGACCGUUGGGUCGAGCAAGGCAUCUGGAAGGACAAGUGGGGGGAUGGGAGUAAUCGUGGAGCCAUCUCUGGUGAUUUAUGGAAGCAUGAAGAGCCGCUUGAGCUUGAGUCGGAGACCGAGACCGAUGCACAACCAGAUUGCACAUCGGUUCCGUUUUCCUUUUACGAGCGGAAACCGAGACCAAAGAGCGACGACGAAAAGCGACAGACUGCGGAGCGACGAGUCAUACGCGAACGUGAACGCGAGGCUUCUCGCCCGUUCCACCAGUUUGUCUAUCAGAUCUCCAAAGAGCGCGAACGAAUCCAGGGCGAAUCGACGAGUGGCGAAGCAACUGCCGCUGCCUAUGCCGCUGCAGACAUCAAUACCAAGGCCUACGAGGCUGUCAAGAGCACCUGGUGCGAGCGAGGGAUAUGGAACUGGAAAUGGAAUAUACUGCCCGGGAUGUCGUGGAAGCAUGAAGAGCCUCUGGAAGAGGAAGCCGACAAUGAUUCCGCUGCUGCUCAGGCGAACCAUGUUGAGAACGGCAUGCAUGACGUGGAAGCACCACCAAGGCGUGUUUUUGGGUCGCCCUCUCCCGUUGAGUCAGAUCAUCCCCACCCGUCUGGCACCGUAAACGCGUCUCAGCGAGGACCGUCGGCGGACGAUGACUCGGACGGAUUAGAGAACGGUGGCGGCGGACACUCUCGCGCCGCGUCGAAUUCACGUCGCCACGAGAGAAGUGGAGGUGCUAUUCAUUCCAUGACGAGGCCGAUGCCACCGCGAAAUCAGACCAGACCUUCGCAUGCAGAUGGCCUGAACGAGCCAGAAACAAGUACAUCUCUUGGUCCAGUCCGUUCAUCAAAGGUGUCCAAAGCGACCAGAAGGAGGAGGCCUGGACUUCGGCGACGACCGAGCGACCCCCAAGAAGUGAGCCCCGACGAUGCACCAUUGUUAGCUCGAGCGCACAUCCCUGAAUCGCCACAACAGAAUUCUAACAUGCCUCCACGUAGAAGCAAACGGAUACAGUCCACGAAAUCUGGCAUGGCUAAGGAGUCGACCCGGAUUGCUUCUGGAGACUCACCCAAAGCUACAGCCCAAUCAAGGCCGAAGCGAACUGUUGCGCGAAAACAGAAGUCCGCGGACUCAGCGAAUUCUCAGGGCGUACGCAAGCGUCCGGUUAAGACGCGGGGGAGGACGAAAAGGAGUGACAAUCAGACGCUUGCCUAGACAUUUUCCUACACUGAGGAAUCCCUGUGCUGACUGCGCUUAUUCUUUGUGUGUUCCCGAUAUCGUAGGCCCUGUUGUUUAGCCAUGACUUCAGAGCUCGAAGGGAACCGGAGGCUCCCGUUUGGACUGGGCCGUAUGGGGGAGAAUCGGCAGGUAAGAACUCAGAACGACCGAGCCUUGCCUAUCCUAUCUGGGUCCCCGUUACUUCGGGGGGAUAGGUGGGAUGACGGAAACAUAGCGAAUUUGAAUCAGUAGUCACCCGUCACCCAUCUCCUGAGCAGUCGGGACAUUUCUAGAGCGCUUAGUAUGUACUUGAGUAUACACGCUAGAUAUAUUUAAGAAUCCAUGGAUACUUACUAAAGAAAUUUUCGCGCUAG